AUGUAUAUUAACAUUAAUUCUUUUUUUUUUUCAUUAAUAGCGGGCAUGCUAACGUCUAAAAUAUUGGAUGAAUUUCAUCAAAAAUUUUAUGAAGAUAAAAAAAAUAUACUAGCCCAAAAUGUAUGUACAAAAAGCGACCCAUUGGAAUGUUGUCUUUCAAGAUCAAACAUUGAAAAAACUAAUCAUGUGUUUCAACACAAAGUAUCAGAAGUGAAACCAAUGACGAAUCAAAAAAAUUCAGGAAGAUGCUGGAUUUUCGCAACAUUGAAUGUCAUUAGGAUUCCAUUUGUGAAGCAGUAUAAUUUAGAAGAAUUUGAAUUCAGCCAACCUUAUUUGUUCUUUUGGGAUAAAAUUGAACGAUCCAAUUAUUUUUUGCAUAACAUAGUGAAAACUGCGAAACAAGGUGAAAAAGUUGAGGAUCGUUUAGUAUCAUUUUUACUCCAUGAUCCCACUUGUGAUGGUGGUCAAUGGGAUAUGAUAUGCAAUUUGAUUAAUAAGUAUGGUUUAGUACCAAAAUCAUGUUUCCCUGAAUCAUGGACUAGUGAAUCAACAUCGCGUAUGAAUUUUCUUUUGACAAGUAAAUUGAGAGAAUUUGCUAAGGAAUUAAGAAAUAUUAUUACUGAUGGAGCAUCUGAUGAUCUAAUUGAAAAGAAAAUUUACGAGCAAAUGAACAUAAUUUAUCGUAUUGUUGGUAUUUGUUUGGGAAUACCUGCACAAGAAAUAACCUGGGAAUAUUAUGAUAAAUCUAAAGCUUAUCAUUCAAUUGGGCCGAUAACUGGCUUAGAUUUUUAUAAGAAGUUUGUAAAACCAUUUUACAAUAUUGAUGACAAAGUAUGUUUGGUAACAGAUCCGAGACCAAGCCAUCCUUUUGGUCAUCUUUACACGGUAGAUUGUUUGGGAAAUGUCAAGGGUGGUCAUGAUACAGUAUAUAAUAAUCAACCAGUUGAUUUAUUAUUGUCACUGGUUGGAAAAAGUAUCAAGCAAAAUGAAGCAGUUUGGUUCGGCUGUGAAGUGAUCAAACGAUUUGCUUCUAAACAAGGAUUUCAUAGUAUUGAUGCACACGACAUCAAUUCCUUGUUCGGAAUCGAUACUCAAAUGGGACUAUCUAAAGCGGAUAGACUUAUAUAUGGAGAAUCAUCUAUGACACAUGCUAUGGUCUUUACUGGUGUUUCAUUUGAUCCUGAUGAAAAAGUGACAAAAUUACGAGUAGAAAAUUCCUGGGGAGAAGAACGUGGUGAAAAAGGUUUCAUUGCAAUGACUGCUGACUGGUUUAUGGAAUUUGUUUUCGAAAUAGUUGUAGAUAAAAAAUUCGUACCAGCUGAAGUUUUGGCAGUAUUCCAACAAAAACCAAUCGUUUUACCAGCUUGGGAUCCAAUGGGAACUUUAGCUCAAUAA